AGGGCCACUUCAGGUACAAGCUGUCAAGCUGGUUAAUCGAACAUGUCUGGGUUGGAACUGGGUCAGCUUGGUCUGGUGAUGCUAGCGGUGUUAGCAGGUCAUGCUAGCAGCGCAAGAGAUGCUUGCUACCGACCGGGGCCCAGGAUGUCAAGCUAUGGAGUCAAAACGGCUCCUCGUCCUCACGAGCUCAUGAACCUGGCGGAGCUCCCCAAGACCUGGGACUGGAGGAACGUCGAUGGAGUGAACUACGUCAGCACCACACGGAACCAGCACAUCCCCCAGUACUGUGGGUCCUGCUGGGCCCACGGGAGCACCAGCGCACUUGCCGACCGCAUCAACAUUAAGAGGCGGGCUGCCUGGCCGUCUGCCUACCUGUCUGUCCAGCAUGUGCUGGACUGCGCCGACUCCGGGACCUGCAACGGAGGGGACCACCUCCCCGUGUGGCAGUACGCCCACGAGCAUGGCGUCCCAGACGAAACCUGCAACAACUACCAGGCCCUCGACCAGAAGUGCAAGCCCUUCAACGCAUGCGGCACCUGCACCACCUUCGGGAAGUGCAAUGUGGUGCAGAACUACACCCUGUGGCGCGUGGGCGACUACGGGACCGUCGCCGGGCGGGAGAAGAUGAAGGCUGAGAUCUUCAGCGGAGGGCCUAUCAGUUGUGGGAUCAUGGCCACUGAGACCCUGGAUGCCUACACUGGAGGGCUGUACCGUGAGCACGUGGAGCUCCCAGGGAUCAACCACAUCGUGGCGGUCGCCGGCUGGGGAGUAGACAACGGCACCGAGUACUGGAUCGUACGCAACUCCUGGGGGGAGCCUUGGACGUGGUGCCGGUUGUGUCCUGACCCGGAUUUGUCUGCAGGGGGAGCAGGGCUGGUUGAAGAUCGUCACCAGCGCCUACAAGGGAGGAAGCGGGAGCACCUUCAACCUGGCGCUGGAGGAGGACUGCGCCUACGGAGACCCCAUCCUCUCCCGCCACUAGGGGCGCUGUGUACUUCCUUUUCUGAUGAAUAAAUAAAGGCUCGGCUUUGCAACACUGUUCGUUCUUCUGGAAACUAGA